CUAUUUCCCGUCUCAAGUUCUCGUCUUCUACUCAAUCAAGGGCGAAGUCGCUCGGGAGGCUAUGCCGACCUGGCCGCAUUGAUGGCGGCCGCUCCAGAUGCGCUUGACUUCCUUGCCACUGCCAAACUUUCCACAGCUUGGAUCCAUCCACCUGGAAACAGCGGUUCCAGACAAAGGCGGGGCACUGCUAGGCAAGUCAUUCUUGCUGGUUUUUUCUUGUGGCUUUCGUGGUCAUCGGCAGCGGCCGCAUCGUGGCUAUCGCCUACGCCCACUGCUCGGCUUCAGUCCCUUGGUGAACACGCAGUGGGUUGGACUCAUCCAGACCCUCAUGGCCAAAACUGUAAACCAGGGCUCAGCCGCGGGCGGCUGCUUGGAGCAGGUCUACCAUUGCCAUCGCCGUGCCCAGCAUUUCAUGCUUGUUGGGAAUGCAUAGACCAAGAGGCUUGCAUGAAAUUCUGACUUCCUCUGCAUGGGGUGAGGUGGUCUGACAAAACCCCCGAGUAAUUACUCCCUCCUCCAGAUCUGUUAUCUCUCGUGGAUCGCCACCUCUGCACUAGAAAGUCCCGUCCAGCAUGCUAGAGGCACUGCGCCGCCGACCGGACGCAAAACUCUAUUCACUGUCUCACCCUGACCAAACCUCUCAGUCGCCCCUCGGUUCCUUUUCCUUUUUCUACGGCACCGGAAGUACAAGUCCCUCAAAAGGCCAUCCAGGA